UCGAAAACCCAGACACGAGAUCGCUGCUGCUCCGCCUCCCCUCAUUCUGCGCACAUCCAGCUCCGGCGAGAUCUCUCCCUCUCCACCACCAUGGGAAGAGGCGGCGCCCUCAGCGAGGGGGUGAUCAAGAAGAUCGUCCUCUCCUACACCUACGUCUCGAUUUGGAUCUUCCUCAGCUUCACCGUAAUCGUCUACAACAAGUACAUCCUCGACAAGAAGAUGUACAAUUGGCCAUUUCCGAUCUCUCUCACCAUGAUCCACAUGGCCUUUUGCUCCACCCUCGCCGUCCUCCUCAUCAAGGUCUUCAAGGUCGUCGAGCCCGUUUCCAUGUCGCGCGAUACCUACCUCAGAUCCGUCGUACCCAUCGGCGCAUUGUACUCUCUCUCCCUCUGGCUCUCCAACUCUGCCUAUAUCUACCUCUCCGUCUCUUUUAUCCAGAUGCUCAAAGCCCUCAUGCCCGUCGCCGUUUACUCCAUCGGCGUCUUGCUCAAGAAGGAGACCUUCAAAUCGGACACCAUGAUGAACAUGCUCUCGAUCUCGUUCGGUGUCGCAGUUGCUGCGUAUGGUGAGGCCAAAUUCGAUGUAUGGGGCGUGAUGCUUCAGCUGGGUGCCGUCGCGUUUGAGGCCACGAGGUUGGUUCUCAUCCAGAUCUUGCUUACGUCCAAGGGCAUUAACCUCAAUCCGAUUACUUCUCUCUACUACGUUGCUCCUUGCUGUUUGGUUUUCCUUUUCGUGCCUUGGAUCUUCGUGGAAUAUCCUGUUCUUAGGGACACUUCGAGCUUCCACUUCGAUUUCGUCAUCUUCGGUACCAAUUCGCUCUGUGCAUUCGCUUUGAAUCUGGCCGUGUUCCUUCUCGUGGGGAAAACCUCGGCCCUCACAAUGAAUGUCGCCGGUGUUGUCAAGGAUUGGCUCUUGAUCGCGUUCUCGUGGUCCGUGAUCAAGGACACGGUCACUCCGAUCAAUCUCUUCGGCUACGGGCUCGCGUUCUUGGGGGUUGCAUACUACAACCACUCAAAGUUGCAGGCUUUGAAGGCUAAGGAGACACAGAAGAAGACUCAGCAGACUGAUGAGGAGGCUGGAAAGCUUUUGGAAGAGAGGGAAGGCGAACGAAACGAAUCCCAGGAUUGAUCUGAUCUGACCUGAUCUAUGAUCGCAGAAGAUCUUACGAAGCUGAUAAAAUCACUAAUUCUGGAAUCAGCGCUGAAGGGUUAGGAAGAUUUUGGUAGAGUUUUGGUUUGGAGGGAAUUCAGCAAGAUUUUGGGCUUCUCGGAAUGAUGCGUCAUUUAGGUAUUAUUGUUCGUUUAUAGCUAAUUUAUUAUCUUUACUUCAGUGAGGAUUCAAGGGUUUUGAGAUUCUAUGUCCUGUUGCCUUACAUUGUUGCUCAUGAAUCUUGGAACUCCAUGUUUGGUUGUUUUUCCUUGUUCGUCUAUGUUGGUUAUAAUUUUGGUAGUAUGUUGCAUAUGUUGUCCUUUGAACAAUCAUGUUUGGAUCUCAAUUAUCGAGAAUGAAUCUCCUUCUCACCCGUAA